CGUUGUUGGAUGUUCAAGGCACUUGCCGACAGUUGGAAGGCGACCUCCGCGCAUAAAGAAAAGGGACCCAUCGUCUCGGAACCCAAGAGCUUGCCGCCCUCGACCGCCAAAACGCUGGCGAACUUGUCCAAUGCACCUCAGAGUGUGUGGAAUUCGUUGAAGCGUGUGGUUCCCGAUCGAUCAGUCCUCGCCAAUGCGACGUCCCAGCUGGGAAAGACACGUGCCGCCGCUGUGGCCCGUCGCGGAAUCGAUGUGGCGCAGAAAACUGUAGUGGACGCGACGUCGAACGGCGCCAAGUUCCUCCAGGACAAAUCCCAGCGCGGCGCGCAAGCCGUACAGAAAGCUGCGGUAGAUGCUGCUGCAAAGGGUGUGCAGGCACUCCAGUCCACGACAGCGUCCGCCGCAGCGACGGCAAAGGACUCGGUGUCGUACGUCCAUCGCCGCACGACCAAGAAGGCGGUGGAUGCCGGUGCAGCGCUCGUCGACUCGUCUUCAGCAGCCUUCCAGCAGACAAAGAACAUCCUGCAUGCGUCCACCGAGAACCUGCGGGAUCCAGGGAAGGCGGCGCGGCGACUGCGCAACCGCGUGGUGUUGCUGGUGCUCUCGGGUGUCUUUGUGUAUGGGUUUGCCUCGGCCCUGCCGUCCGCCUUGGCCAAAUAUGCCGUCGAACGGUCGAAACAACAACCUCCACCGCGUGCUCACUCUAGUAGUACUAUCGACGCUCGUUGAACAAAAAAGCACCAUCAACCACGCACUCGUGUACUCGUAACGAUCAAUUUGUUUUCGUCCCUGCA